UAUACACUUGAUAAGAAAUGUACUUUGAACUUUGAACAUACAAUAUGCUGGAGGACCUCAGCAGGUCAGGCAGCAUCUGUGGAAAGGAAUGAACAGUUGACAUUUUGGGACGAGACCCUUCAUCAGGACCGGAAGUGCAGGGGGAAGAAGCCAGAAUAAGAAGGUGGGGGAGGGGAAGGCGUACAAGCUGGAAGGAGAUAGGUGAAUCCAGGUGGAUGGUGGAACGGGGGAUAAAGUGAGAACCUGGGAAGUGAUAGAUGGAAAAGGUAAAGGCCCGGAGAAGAAGGAUUUUGAUAGGAGAGGAGAGUGGACCAUAGGAGAAAGGGAAGGAGAAAGAGUACCACAGGGAUGUGAUAGGCAGGUGAGGGGGAGAGGUAAGAGGGGGGAAUUGAAGAAGCAAGGGGAGGGGGAAAAAUUACUUAAAGUCAGAGAAAUUGAUGUUCAUGCCAUCAAGUUGGAGGCUAUCCAGAUGGGAUAUGAAGUGUUGCUCCUCCAACCUGACAGAGACUUCACUGUGACAGCAGAGGACUGUCUAACGUAGAACUUACCUCUUUAGGAAAUCUACUGUAAAAUGAGCUGAGAUUUGAGAAAAUAUCCUAUGGCGCUUAAUUUGUGCAUAAUGUGGUAAACCUUCUGGAAGCACUUUCCCAGUACCAUGUUGUUCAAAUCUUAACCAAAAUGUCUGUACUGUCAUCUCACAUAGCAACUGCCAAUAUAUUCCUUUCAUUGCUUUGACGCAGUCUCAGUCUGAGAUAUUCUGCAUAAGAUACAUCUUGGCAAUGUUGUGUAAAGACCCCAUGCAAAAUUAAGACCUGUUGUGUAAACAAAGUACAUUGCCAACAUCAGUACAGCUUACAAUCAUUUGGGUCCAUAUGGCUGCUGUCCCCAAAUAGGCUUCCUCUACCAGCAAUACUAUGUCCAAACAUUAUUGCUGUAGGAGGAUCCCUAUACUGAUAGCCAGCUAUUGAUCUAGGCACUGAUAAGGAUGUUGGUAACAGCCAGCAAUCGCACUCAAUAGCAACAAUUUGUUUUAUGCAGUAUUUUAAAAUAGCAAAAUAGCCUAAGGCUCUUCAGAGGAGCACCACUCAAAUAAAUUUUGACACUGAGCCAAAGAAGGCAUUUGGGAAAAUGACCAAAAACUGAGUCAAUGAUGGGUUUUACCAAGCCUUUUAAAGGAAGAGAGAAAGAAACCAAAGAGAAUUAAGGAAAAAAUUCCAAAGCUUAGGGCCUUGGAGGCUGAAAAUACAGCUUUCAAUGAUGGAGCAAUUAAAUUCAGAGAUCAACAUACUCGGACUGGCAUUUGGUAAUUGGUUUAUUAUUGUCACAUGUACUGAAAUAUAGAGAAGAGCUAUUGCUUGCAUGCCGUGCUUAUGCACGUCAAGGUAGUGCAAAUGGAAAAGGUCAAAAAAAGAAUACUAAUGUAGUGGUACAGUUACCGAGAAAGUACGUGCAGGUAGACAAAUAAACUGCAAGAACCACAACAAAGCAGAUGGAGAAACCAAGUAUUGAUUUUUAUUGCUUGACAGGUUCAUUCAGGAGUCUUGUAACAGCAGCAUGGACACUGUCCUUGACCCUAGUGAAAUGUGCUUUCAGGCUUUUCUAUCUUCUGCCUGAUGGGAAGGGGAAGAAGAGAGAAUGACACACACACACACACACACACAAAAUGCUGGAGGAACUCAGCAUGUCUGGCAGCAUAUAUGGAGAAGAAUGAACAGUUGAUGUUUCAUGCCAAGAUACUACAUCAGGACUGAAAACUAAACAGACUGGAAAAGAGCCCCCUUAUUUUGCAGUCCUAAUGAAGGAUCUCGGCCCAAAAUGUUGGCUGUUUGUUCCUUUCCAUUGAUGCUGCUUGACCUGCUGAGUUCCACCAGCAUUUUGUGUGCAUUCUUCUGGAUUUCCAGCAUCUGCAGAACCUGUUGUAUUUAAGAAAAGACAAUAACUGGGGUGGAAGGGUUUCUUGAUUAUGUUGGCUGCUUUCCCAAGGCAGCAGGAGCUGUAGACUGAGUCAAGAGAAGGGAGGCUGGUUCUCUUAUAGACUGGGCUUGUUCACAACCCUGCACUUUUUUGCAGUCUUGGGCAGAGCAGUUGCCACACUAAGCUGUAAUCCAUUCAGAUAGUAUGCUGUCUGUGGUUUAUAUGUAAACAUUGGUGAGGAACGUAGAGGACACGCUGAAUUCCCCUGGCCUUCUGAGGGUGUAGAGGGGUGGGUGUCCUUUCUUAGCCAUAGUGCCCACAUGGCUGGAACAAGACAAGGUGUUAGUGGUACUGACACUUGGAACCUUGAAGUUUCCAACUAUCUUAACCUCAGCACCAUUUAUAUAGAUUGGAAAUAUACUCAUCUGGAUUGCUGAAGUUAAUUACCAGUUCUUUUGUUUUGCUGACAUUGAAGAAAGUUAUAUUCCUGAAAUCAUGCCACUAGGGUUUCAAUCUUCAUCCAAUACUCAUUGCACAUUGGAUAUCGUGAAGGGGAAGGAUGCAGAGUGGGUUACAUGGUCAGCACAACAUUGUGGGGCAAGGGGCCUGUGUUGUGCUGUAGAUUUCUAUGUUACUGAGGGCUACAUGAAAGUGUAGCGGUUAGCGCACUGCUUUACAGCACCAGUAAUCACCGUCAGUGCUCAAUUCCUGCUGCUGCCGGUAAGAAGUUUGUAUGUUCUCCCACUGACUGAAUGGGCUUUCUCCGGGUGCACCAGUUUGCAAAGACGUACAGUUAGGAUUAGGGAGUUGUGGGUCUACUCUCUUGGGUGUCGAAACAUGGCAGCAUUUGCAGAACGCCCAGCAACAAGAUUUGCAGAUUUGAAGCAAAAUGAUACAUUUCACUGUGUGUUUCCAUCUUCUGAUGUACGUGUGACAAAUAAAGUUAAUCAUUAAUCUCUUUCAUCUUUAGAGGUCUUAAGGGAGUUACGAAAUUACAUGGUUCACAAGGGAGUUUAGAAAUCUCUUCUCUGAGCAAUUUGAAAAUAAGGGUGUGAAUUUCAAAAAUGAAGUACAGGACAACCAGGAGCUAAAUCAGGUCAGCAUGCAAGGUAGGUGAAUGGAACCCGGCUCAAAUUAGGAGUCAGAUAGCAGACUUUUAGAUAUCAUCAAGCUUAAACAUAGAACAUAGAACAGUAUAACACAGUACAGGGCCUUUGGCACACCAUGCCAACCUUUCAACCUACUUCAAGAUCAACACUUCUCUCCCACUAAGCCCUCUAUUUUUCCUUCCCUUGCAUUAGCUACUUCCGUGCUAGAAAAUGUCUCUGGCUGUCCAUUCCACCUAUGCCUCUUAUUAUCUUAUACUGUACACCUCUGUCAAAUCACCCCUCAUCCUUCUUCACUCCAAAGGGGAAAGCCUUAGUUCACUUAGCCUAUCCUCAUAAAACAUGCUCUCCAAUCCAGGCAGCAUCCUGGUAAAUCUCCUCCGCACUCUAUCUGAAGCUCUGACAUCCCUCCUAGAAUGAGGUGACCAGAACAGAACACAAUGCUCCAAGUGUGGUCUAAGCAGAGUUUUAUAAAGCUGCAACAUAAACUUGUGGCUCUUGAACUCAGUUCCCCAACUAAUGAAGGCCAACACACUAUGUGCCUUCCUAUAAUCAUCCUAACAACUUGACGGGUCUAUGGACAUGGAGUCCAAUUUCCCUGUCUUCCUCAAUGCUGCUAGAAAUCCUGCCAUCAACUUUGUACUCUGCCUUCAAGUUCGACUUUCUGAGGUGAGUCACUUUACAUUUCGCCAGAAAGGACUCCAUCUGCCUCUUCUCAGCCCAGCUCUGCAUCCUCUCAAUGUCCCACUGUGACCCACAACAACCUUCUGCAGUAUCCAGAACACCAUCAAACUUACAGAUAAUAAAAUAAUGGUUGUUGGCCAGGAGUGCAUCGGACUAUUUGAGUUUAGGCACAAUUCAGAGCAAUUGAGGGCUAUGGAUGUAAUGGAGACCACAAAUGAGAUUACCAUGACUAAGAAGACUUUGGACAACUUGUUGCCAUGAAGGCUGCCAGUCCCACAUGAACAGCCAAGAAAGGAAUUCAGUGAUAACUUUUCAAAACUGUAGCUGUUUUCAUGCAAAUAUUUAAUGAUCUUUGGUUCAAUAAUUAACUGUAAAAUUAGUGCAAUGCUCAAAAAGCUGCCCUUCCUGUCAAUUUUAUACCAGCAAUAUAAGUUGAACAUUUUUGUUAAAUAUUUAUUAUUUUAAAUCCAGCAGUUAGUUAUAAACUAUUAUCAAGAAAAAUUAUUUCAAUUACUAUUCAAUCAAAUGGUUAAUGAAGAAAUGGUAAUAUGCAAGACAAUAAAAUGACAGCUUAAGGCUGCAUAUGCAUAAUCAAUGAGUUUUAAAAGUUCUGGAGUCAUUUGUUUUUCUUACUACGACAAAAUUAUAGUUUAAUGACUCUUACGAAGUAUUAAAUAACCAAAGUUUCUGAUGUGAUUUUAAUUUGUGAGUGAUACUUACCUAAAGGUGGAAAUAACACUUCAUGUCGUUGUGAAUUAGUUUAGAAUAUUAAACAAUCAAAUAUAAUGGAUGAACAGGAGAAAUAUUAUUCUAGGAUGGAUGGACAGAUUCACCAUGAAAGAAUAAAUAUUGAAUUGAUUUGUUUCAUUUUGAGGAAAAAGUCAUAGGUAGAAUCAAUUUGUUUUCACAUAAAAAUAGAACAUGUUUAUGGUUGACUAUCAAAAUUAUAUGAUGCAUUUAAAGGGUAACUUCAAGAAGACGCUAAUAAAAGCCUUCUCCCGGACUAUGUAAAGUUGUGUAUAAAUACCACUGGUUAUAUUUCCGCGGAGGUCACUAGUCUAGAAAAGGCUGUGUGCUUUGAGGCCAAACAGUUCGAACAUUCCAUCGAACUGUUCAGUGUUCAGUGUCGACACUGACUUACAGCUGUAAACAUUUCACUGUGCGUUUGAGUUUAAUUUCCCCUCGUUUGGUAUUUUCACUUUACCUGGACGUGUACAGGAAAAUUGCUCCACGAUAUCAGUUGAAAACUGAUAACAUUCUGCAGGGUGUGCGCAGAUACUAGGACCCAGACAUGCCGCUGUGCUUCCUGACUUGUAGGAACCCUAAAAAUUGAAGGCAGCAGUUUCAGUGGCCAAAUGAUGAAGGCGAUAGAGAGUGUAAAGUAUCGCCAAUCAAUACUAAAGAUCAAUAAUCCAACAAUAAAUACAGACAUCAGUUCGUACGAAAUAAGUGCACUCGUGAAGAAGCCAUUAUUUCAAACGAUGCGAAACUUCUUUCUGUGAAGACACGCUUUACCCUAGACGCAUGAUUUACUCGAAUCUCAGCUUGUUCUGAAAAUUUAGCGGUGGCUGACGUCAACCCGAUGACGCCAUCGAGCAGUGAAAGGGGUUGACGUCAUUCCAGGGGGUCCCAGGACGACGUCACGCUUUUCCCAGGGCCAUGACCUCGCCAGAAAGUUCAGGGCAAUAAACAUGCUUGGGAGUUCUCGUCCUGGGCGGGGAAUCGGGGGAGGACCGCAAGUAGCGCUCGGGGCUCUGUCCUAAAAAAAAGAUGAAUGCGGGAACGAUUGUUAUCGAGGAACAUAAUGGAUAUUAAAUCAGGAAAAAAGUAAACAGAUGAUCUUCAGAAAGCAAACGAUAAUCAGAAUCAGCAUCGUUGUGUGUCGCUUUCCUUUAUUCCGUAGUGUCUUUAUAAAAGGCGCUGGUGUUGGGGGAGGGUGAUUCAGUAGAGAGGGCUGCUCUUAAACAACACUUCGGAAUAUUGUCAACCCAACAAUGGCCGAGUUUAGGAAGUUUGGAGUAUUGCAGGUUCUCUACGGAUCAUAGAAUCCGGAAUUGUAGUUGGGGGAAACACAUUUCCGCCCCGCCACCACCCCCUCCCAUAAAAAAAACAAGUAAAUGUGGCGGGGGCGCCGGUGUUUGUAACAAAGGGAGCGGGCUGACUGGCCAAAGCGAGAUACUGGGACUGGGGAAAAGCGGAGAGGAUCUGGAAAAGAGAUUAGAUUUCGCUUCUCUCUCAUCAAUUUUAUGGUUAAUGUCAAGCGGCUCCAUUGUGGGAGAAGAGGCACGUCAGCUAGCUAUAAAUUCGUGAGCAGAGUGGCAGCGCAGAGCGCAUCUGUUUGACCGAGUACAUUGCCUCUCAUACUGUAUGGAGACAGGUAGAAUCCUGUUUGAGCACCAUCUAUCAGCAAACCAGAGUCAAUCCGGGACAAAUAUAAACCUACCAGACAUUUACUACCGAGUUUUCUCUAGGAAACAUUUGCGAUCUGCCGCCUGCGCCGUCUCGAGUAUGGGAGACUCGGCUGGCUGUAAACCAGAUCGCCCAGAUGAAUUUGGAUCCGCUUGAAUCCGUCCCGGAGACUCGUUCGGCUUUGUGGAUCUGUACGUUGAGGACGAUCUCAGUCCGCUAUGGACGGCAGGGAAUUCGCUCCUCCUCCGCACCUCCUCUCUCAUGCACUCGGCGUGGAGGCGGCCAGGGAGCGCGGCGCCCUGGCGCACCGAGCCGUCGGAAGAAUCGCCUCAACCGGCCACAGCACGGCACCGCACCCGGCUCAUUUCCAACCUGCAAAAUAUUUCCCGUCUCCCCUCCCCAUGGCCACCCAUUCAGGCAACGCACUGAUGGGUAACUCAUCAGCCACAUUCAUGGGAAGCUUCCUAGCCAGCAGUUUGGGAUCAGCAUCUGCUCAUCCUGCGGGACCCACGUCUUCCCCCUCAGAGCCCGCCUUUCGAAGUCCCCACACAGCGACGUCACAGAUCUGGUUUUCCCACUCCCACGAAGUUCCAGGGUAUUCCAGAUUUUCAAGCAGUUUGGCCUCGACUUUCCUUCCCAUGAGCCACCUAGAUCACCACGGCAACAGCAACAGUGUACUUUAUGGGCAGCACAGGUUCUAUGAUUCACAAAAAGAUGGCUUCUAUCUGAGGAAUUUGCCUGGACAGCCAACCCUGCUCUCAACCAAUCACAGCUUCCCUUCCAUUUCCCGCACGGCUCCCAUAGGUUCUUGCACCCGAGACCGAGAAAUGAGCCACUCCCACAAGACGGUCAAGGAAACCGAAAGACCGCUGGCCGCAAAGGAACCAGGCAAAGAGAGGAUGAGUAAAAAUGAAACCAACACAAUGAACAGUCAAAGGACUCACAAGGAGAGACACUCAGAAGAAGAUGGAAAAGAUGGACGCAAGAUUGUACACUCUCUGAUGCCAGACAUUAGAUGCAAGGAAGAUCUAACAAAUAUGCACAAUAGUAUGUGUGAAAACAGAAAUAAACAAUUCAAUAGCUGUUUAACAAACUCCAAAGUUAUGAAUGGAGAUUCCAGUAAGACUUUAUUAGCAAGCUGCACUAAUAUUGGUGGGAUUUUACCAAGGCAAAUGGACAUCCAUACUCCAGGCAGGUGUACCAAAGAGAGCUUAAGGUUUGAGAGGGAUUUGAGAGAAAAUGGUCCCUCUGGACCAAUGCAUAUCGAAUGCUCGGACAGUUGGCAAACACCACACCAUUCUGUUGCAUACUCAGUUCCUUCUUCACUGUCCAACAUUCCUCCAUCAUCUAGCACAGGCUCUGGUACAUUCCCCUGUUUGCAGGUUCAUUCCAACUUAGACCUUUUUUACCCUACUCAAGAUAAGGCUGGCAGGGAGCUCAAGGUCACUGGGCCUACCUACGUGCCUUCAGUGGGACAUUUUGGUGACAAAAGUAGACCUUUCCAGGUCGCUGCGGAGGACUGCAAGAUCAGCAGAAGUAUGGGGAAGGAGAAGACGCAGGAGAAAACCACAGAGAGGACUGAUGUUGGGACUGUGCCCGGCUCACACCUGCAUUUGAAGCUAGAUGGGAAAGGAAUGGACUGGCCUCACAAUUCAGCCAUAAAGUCCAAGCAACAGUGUGGUAGCAGCACUGGUGCACAAAUGGUGAUUCCGUUCACGCCUCAGGCAGCCAAGGGCCCCUCAGGGAAAGGUAGCACUUACGUUAUGCCACAGACUCAGGAUUGUUUCUGUUCGCGGGAGCUGGAGACUUGCUGUGCCAAACUGACCCACUCCAGCUACAUGCUGGACCGGGAGCAGGGCAGCGAUGUGCAAGAGAAAGCUUCAAAAGACUCGCAGGGGCAAAAAGUGGCCAGGAUACGGCACCAACACCAUAAGCUUCCUGAGGUGGAGCACAUAGGAAGUGGUUCGGAGAUGAAGAGAAGGCCACCAGAGCUCAGUUGUAUGAGCUACAGUGGGUCCCACAUACCUCCCUGGCAGGGUGCCCAGAUUCCAAUGGGUGAAGACAGGAAGAACUCCUACCUUGACCCUUUCAGUUCAAGUUUACAGCAGGCGGCAAUGCUGUCACAAGGAUCUGUGCUAAACCAAGACAUGUUGGGUCAGGCUGAUGAAGUCUCGGCCAUGAAGAGCCUGCUGAAGUACAGCAGCUCCUUUCCCCCGGGCACGCAGGCCCUUAUUGUUGGGCAGAAGACCCCAUUUGGAGGUCUAGGAAACAUCAGGGCCAGUUGUGUCCACCAGGAGAUAAAGCUGCAAAGCGGGAAGUCAAGCCUAGAUUUGGAGCGUCUAGAUUGUACCAAAGGCAGGGAAAGUGAGUCAUCUCAGGGCGAUGGGGAGGUGCGGCAGCCUCCAGUUGGCAUUGCGGUGGCAGUUGCAAGGCAGAAGGAUAACCAGAAGCACGAGCUGCCUUGUGGUGGCGAGUCCAGCCGCCAGCAUAGACAUGUUCCUGGAGUAAAAGGAUCAUCGCGUUCUGCCUAUGUCAUUGAUUUGGAGGUCGAGGAAGAAGGCAAUCAUUUUCGUGAGGAGAGAAUGGGCCUGGCACGUUUGGAUAGGGAAAGGGACCAUUUACUUCGGGAAAACAAAGAUCUGGUAGAGCUUGCACGAAUCCGUCCGUCCAACGGGUGUCCUGGAGACCUGAAUCCAAACCUGAUGGUCACUGGAGGAUCAUCGUUACAAGCCAACCAACUGGGCACCGACCCCAGUGCUCAUCCUCAUCUUACGACUCCACAUUGGCUUCCAAGGACGGGCAGCCCCUCGGUGUGGAUGGGUAGCCAUUCGUAUGGAAUCGGUCACCCAGCCCUCCAUUCAAAUCUACCACCUGGUUUUCCAGCAUCGAUGCCAAGUGCCAUGCAGACAGUAUUUCCACUUUCCCAAGAUCCUUCAGCCCAGCUUGUUAUCCUUCCCACUGAGCCACCAGCAGCACACCCAACUCCUCAUCAUCUCGCUGAGGUGAUCGAUCCUGCUCACUCCCUCUGGCCACCCAUCUAUCCAGCCCGAGCCCCUGCCUCACACAUGCAGCAUCCAGGCCAGCUCUCUGUUUAUCCGCGCUCACAGCUUCUCCGCCAACAGGAGCUCUACAUGCUGCAGCAACAACAUCAGCAGCACCAACAGCAGCAGCAGCAGCAACAACAGCAGCAGCGAGCACAAGCUCUUCAGCUCCAGCGGCACUCACAGCUCACGGAUCAACGUAAGGCAGAGGAAUCUCGAAUAGAGGCAGAAGAGCACACUCUAGAGAGGAACAGGAGAUCACACAAAACAGUUGCCUUAAACUCUCCCAAGAAUCUUUCUUCUCCGGUCAUACUGCCAUCUGGCAUGUGUUCUGCCAAACUCUCACCGUGUCGUCAUUCUCCUUCAUUAACACCCAAGUCGGGAUGCCCCACCCCCCAGCCCACCGCAGUCUGUCCGUUGCCUUCCUGUCCGACUUCUGGUCCUGCUGCUGUCCCACAGACGUCCGUGGUUAGUCCUCCUUCAUCCCAGAAUUCCACAGGAAGUCAGAUGGCGGAAAAACGAGUGGAAGGAGAGCCCUCUCAGCACUACUCUGAAUCCUUUGAGCCAGAGAUUCCACCUGGCUACUCGUACACAGCAGUGACCAUGGGCUAUCGCUCCCCAACUCCUCUUGUACACCCUGCCAAUCCCACAGAUGCUGAAACUAUGCAACCCGUCCCCACCCCAUCAGCUGAACCAGAGCAGUCAAGAACCAUUACGCCUGGUGCGAAAAUUCACUGUGAUACUCACUCAGUCCUGACAGUGGGGACAAGCCCCAGCGAACAACAGAUCACAGCAAGCGACCUGGACAUUGUCGAGCAACAUGAGCACAGCCUUCUUCGCAGCACAGAGGAAAAGGAGACAGUAAAUGUUUCGCCAGCAGAGAAUUCAACUGUGGAGCAACUUGAGCCGUCUAUGAAAGAAAACAUGGAGUGCUUAAGGCAUUUGAUUGCUUCUCAGGGAAAUGAUACUGAUGGAAGGCUUACAGAAGAAUGUGGACAAGAAACUUCAGCAAACGAGUCACCUCACUCAACCAGUGAGCCCACGACCUUAACCAAUGAAACACUGGAUGUAAGAAACUCUGAUCACUUGAGCUCAGUCCCUGAGACUGACUUAAAGCGUGAAUGCAAUACUGCUGGAGAAGCCACACAAGAGAAUCAGGAUGAGGAUUCUGAAAUUAGCCAUGAUGCCCCGGAGAGGGACGAAGUACUCAAAUGGCGGCUAGACUGCAUAGCAGGAAUGAAUGCCCUGGUGGCAGCUGGCCUCAGUAUGGGAGAUCUCCUCGCUUUAGAGCCUGAGUUUCCCAGCACCCCCAUACCACCCUCACGCCCUGCAACGUCGACUUUUUACCCCUGCUCAGGGAUGCAUGGCAUAGCUCUGCUGAGUGAAUUGGCUGAACUGGAACAGCAGAGCUAUAAUGCUUCCUGUCAAGGGGAGGACAAGGCUGUGCUUACUCAUGAUCUCCAAAGCCUUGCAACAAUUGCUGCUGCUCGUUCAUUGGUUGAAGCAUUACCCAUUGAAUUGGGUCACCCUCAUAUUGAAACAGAACCAAGCAAAUCCUAUGUAGUUCGCAUCCCGCGGGUACUGAAUUUACGAAGGAAGUACUCAUGGCAUCCAAAGGCGGAAACGGUCUGCCCUCUGAAAGCUGCAAUUGACGGAAUGGAUGCGUUGGAGCUGGAGAUGAGGAUGAGGCUUGCAGAGUUACAGCGACGCUACAAAGAAAAACAACGGGAGCUCACUAAGCUUCAAAGGAGACACGAUCACGAAAGGGAUGAAAACUCAAGGAGUCCAGCCAGACGCGGGCCUGGUCGACCGAGAAAACGCAAACACCUUUCCACUGUCCUGUCUUCUCUCGGACAACUCAGUGAACUUGAGAAGUCUGACAGCAAGAAAGCUAAAUCCAUCAGGCCUGGCUUGAGUCUCCUCUGUGAGGAACUGAGGAAUGAAGUGGAGCCCAAGAAGAAAAAGUGCAAACUUGCUGCGAGGGAAGGCAAGGAACAGGAAGAUGGAGGCAACAAGGCUGGCUUGGAGAUUAAACCAAGAGCAAAAAAGGACACCCCUCAGACCAGCAUAACGGCAAAGUUGGGGAAGUACACCUCCAGACCAAAGCCGAAGGUACUGGCCAAAGCUACAAAUAAAUCACACACAGCAGCCAUCCUGAAAUCUGCCAACACCACCAACCCAUUCCGAGGAAAAACAUCAUCCCUGCCUGGCAAGAUUCAGAAGCAGAUGGGAAAACCAAAGACUUUCCCAGUGACUCACAACCAGGACAGAGCAAAGCAUAUUCCAGCAACUCCCGAAACGGGCUUGAAAAUGGAAUCAGGAGAAGAGGACACAAAGGCUACUUUUGCAAAAAACAAAGUGGUCCCAAAGGCUAACUCUGUCAUUAAAAAGAGGCCUGGUAUUCAACAAAAAAGAAAGGCAGCCGGGGUCAAAGUGCAGAAGAGCAGCAGUAAGAAGCGGAAACAGGAAACUCAGGCUGCGCUGAAUGAAAAGGAUUGGAUGUCCUCAGAGAGUGAUGGCUUCUCUUCUGAUGUUGGUCCGGACUUGACGGAGGACGAGCACAACUAUAUCAGUGCUGACGGCAGUGACGAGGCUCCUGAGCUGUCAAUCAAAGACUCCAGCUCUGGUCUCCACACAGAAUACUCAACUGCGCUCACCGCCACGGAGACGGGUCCCUCACCAUCCUCUGUCGUGAAGCUGGAAGCCAAUCAGAAAGCAAAGAAAAAAAAGGAAAGGCAAGGCCUUCUGGGUACAUUUGGAUUAGCCAGCGUGGAUGGGGACGUGAAGAUUAAAAAGCGCCCCGUCAAACACAGCCUGGAGCCUGGCAGUGCAGCGAAGAAGAGCGAGAAGCCCCCAGCAAUGAAGAAGAAAGGACUGAAGACAGGCGAGAAGAACAAAAAGCUGAAGAGCACAAAGGGGGGAGCAGAGGUGGCUAUCUGGCGCCGACGGGAAUCUGACCUGCGGCCUCUGCUGCACAGGGAGAGGAUAAUUCCCAGUGACGCCUCUGUACCUGUAAAACUGGUAUCCCGAACUCAGGCCAAAAAAACCACAGCCAACAGGUGUAAAAAUGUCACCCGAAAAAGCAAAUUGCUGCAGGCAACUUUCAAGAAAUCAAGUGGCUUCUGCCUCUCACAAAAAGGAACAAUCUCCACUGAUUAUCAGCGAACUAGGCUGAACAAGCUGAAGAGCAAACUCCCUGUGAAAGAGUCGAAAGGUCGAGCUGUCAGUAAACUCUUGGAAAGUUUUGCAGCGGAGGAUGACUUUGCAUUUGAUGAAGACAGCAGCUUCUCUGAGGAGGAUGCGAAUACAUCUGUGAGCUGCUCAGCAGAAUUGUAUGUUCCUCAGUCCUGUGCCAUCAGUAAGGAAGAUCUUAAAGAAGGACUUCAAAUCCUCAUACCAAAGGAAGACAAACUGCUGUACGCAGGAAGUGUUAAAGUUCUUCAGUCACCUGACAUCUAUGGUGUUGUGAUUGAAGGAGAAAGAGGAAACCGACAAAGAAUCUACUCCCUGGAGCAACUGCUGCAGGAAGCGGUACUUGAUGUCAGACCUCCUUCACGACAUUUCCUGCCACCAACUACCAGGGUCUGUGCUUACUGGAGUCAGAAAUCCCGCUGUCUGUACCCAGGAACCAUUGUUCAAACAGGUAGCUCCAGUGAUGAAGAAGAUGAGGACAGAGAUGACUUUGUCACAGUUGAGUUUGAUGAUGGUGACGUGGGACGCAUUUCUCUGUUGAACAUCCGUCUCCUCCCUCCCGAUUAUAAGAUACAGUGUACGGAACCUUCUCCUGCGUUGCUGGUAUCCAAUGGGAGGCUUCGGGUUCGGAGACUCCCCGUGGAGAAGCGGGAAGGUACAGCAAGCACACAGAAUCACUCUGUGGAUGGACCAAACUCUACAGAUCUGAGCAAAAAAUCUGGCAAGAAGACUUUGUUAAAAGGAAAAGCUGAAAAAGGAAAAGGAGUUUCAAACUCGGAGAUAUCGACGUUAUUGAAAGGGGAACACAUACUGAGUAAAAAGUCAAACACACUGAUAAAUUGGCCAGGGAACGUCCAGACAAAGAAAAAGAUCUCCAGCAAGAAUACGGCAGUUUUAGAAAACUUGUUUGAGUUAAAUGGAAGCACAAGAAGGUUGAAGGGUAAAGAACGGUUCCUUCCCCUACAUGGCCUCCCACCUCCAGUGUUUAGUGGUGGGUUUGAGGUCGACUCUUUUGGCAGCAUUGCCAGCACAUUUGGAGCCUUCGGGAGUAGUCCAAGCCUGAUGCCAAACCCCAAGCCAGUGAAGUACAGAAAGAUGGAGAAGCUCGACAUAUCAAUCCCAAAAGCUGGGAAGAGGAAAACAGAAACUGAAUACCUUGUAAAGUUAGAUCACGAAGGAGUGAUGUCUCCUAAAACAAAAAACGGAAAGGCCUUGCUGAUGAGCGAGAAGGAGUUUGGAGUGAAAUCUGAUGCUGCCUACUCCCAGGCGGCUUUGAUAAGUAAAGAGCGAAAUGGGAGAAUGGAGCUUCUAAAAGGAAAGCACGCUCAACUUCAAAACCUUCCUAUCAGCUUAGCUAUGAAUGAGUACACUGGCCAGUCAGAGUUUGGGAUGGAUUGCGACAGUGACAGCCAUAGCUCGCUCUCUGACAUGGACGAUGAGGAUGAAAGUAGAAACCUCCGGCAGAGUGUCACAUCGAGGUUCAUGUCUAGGCUGUCUGUCUUGUCUUCAUCUUCUGGAUCUUCAUCCUCUUCAACAUCUGGUUCUACCUCCACAUCUAGCAUGUGCUCAUCGGACAAUGAUGAUUCGUCAUACAGCUCUGAUGAUGACUCAACGCUCUUGCUUCAGACCUGCAUGACCCGGCCCGUGGCCGCAAUGCUGGCCUCCUCGGACCCCCGGCAGGCAGAGACGAAGAUAUCCCCGCACUCCUUCUCAAUCAAGUCUGUGAUGUCUGCGAAUAAGAUGAAACAAAAGAGGCAGGAAGAGUUACGGCUCCAAAAGGCUAAGGAGAUAUCAAAGAGACAGAGAUUGCCAUCUGUGGGGAAUCGUCCUAAAAUCUCCUCUUUUCUCCCAGCACGGCAGCUGUGGAAGUGGUCUGGGAAGCCAACACAGAGACGAGGUAUGAAAGGGAAAGCAAAGAAGCUUUACUACAAAGCUAUUGUGAGAGGGAAGGAGACAAUCUGCAUUGGAGAUUGUGCGGUGUUUCUCUCUGUUGGUCGCCCAAACCUUCCGUACAUCGGCCGGAUAGAAAGCAUGUGGGAAUCGUGGGGAAGCAACAUGGUGGUUAAAGUGAAGUGGUUUUAUCAUCCUGAAGAAACAAAGCUGGGCAAAAAGUGCAACGACGGCAAGAAAGCAUUGUAUCAAUCUUGCCAUGAAGAUGAAAACGAUGUGCAGACUAUUUCCCAUAAAUGUCAGGUAGUCAGUCUGGAACAGUACGAACAACUGAUAAAAACCAAGAAGCACCAAGACAGUCAAGACUUGUAUUAUCUGGCUGGGACCUACGACCCUACAAUAGGCAGAAUCCUCAAUGCAGAUGGAGUACCCAGUCUCUGCUAAAACAUAAUGUAUGAAUUAAUAUAAAGCCUGGAUCUACACCAUGGUAACAGGGAUUGAUAAACCUUUCUGCUAAAAGAAAUCUAAUUAACCUAAUGAAUUGUUCAAAUGAUGCACGAUGGGCUGGAGUUGGAUACUUGCUAACAACACCUUGAGGCUCAAGCAAGUGGACCUGGAAUCAUUGGCGGAGAGAUUUUAUGUGGUCAAGCAAUGGUUCUUGGAAACAUGAGAACUAAGCCUUCUGGGGAUCAGUAAUACUGGAUUUACCAAAGUGGAACCCUUAGGGCAUCAGGUAGGCUGGAGUUGGAACAUAUAACUUCUAGGCAUCAAUGGGUCGACCAGGCUGAAUUUGCACAUGAGAGAACUAGGCCUCAAGCCACGGAGAAGGCAAAAUUUGGAGAUGUGAGAGCUGGGCCUCAGAGAAUCAAGGAAGCUGGAAUGGUCACAUGGAAGCUUGACCCUGGAUCAGAGUAGGGGUCAAACAGCAUGGAGUUUAUUUCAGUGUGUGUGUGUGUGUGUGUGUGCGUGUGUGUGUGCGUGUGCGUGUGUGGUUGCGUAUGUGAGUGUGCAUGUAUGUGUGUGCAGAUUGGAGAACGAAGGAAAAUGAGCAUCAUACAAGCCAUACACUCCCGUACCUCUGUCUGCUUUCAACUUUGCAAAGCAGAAUCAGGUCUAAUGUGUUUUUGUUGUUACUUUGUUUCCUGGAGAGUUUUGUAAAAACCCAGGAAUCUUUUUUUAAUGCACUGCAUUACUCAGCCCAGCUGAGACUACUUAUUAGCUGGAACUUCUGAAGAAGAAGGAAAAAAGAAAGGGGGGAGAAAAAGACUUUUACUUUGAAGAAGACUGCUUUGUUAUACAAGACAGAUUGUGGCAUCACUCUGUCAGACUAAUUCUAACCUCCUAACUGAACAGUUGUUGAGUGAUUCACUCUGUGGGUUAAAUGUUCCUUUUUUGAAAAGUGAUUGGUGAAAACAAUUAUAAUCCCUAUUGCUAAAAAUUGUAUAGAAUUCUGCACACAUGUAGGGAAUGGUCAGCCAUGUUUGUUUCCUUUCUGAUGCACAGAUUUGAAAGAGACAGUGUCCCUUUUAUUCAAUCAUGUUGGGUAUUUAUACUUACUUAAACCUGUCACCUCUACUGUGGUGUAGGACGCUGACAGCUGCUUGCCAAGUCCUCUAACCUGGGCCAGUCUUUCAAGUAGUCCCAGGUGUUGCCCAUCUUUGAAAAUCUUUCCUCUCCCAGGAAAGGGGUCUUCGGAGCUUCUGUAACUGAGUGUUUUUACAGAAUGGGGGGUUGCUAUCCCCGUGUCCAAACCUCCUCCUGUUUUCCAGAUGGGCUUGGGGUUGUCCAGGCCAGAGUUGAGGUUCUCUAUGCUGGAGAUGAGAUUGUCCAUGCCAGAGCUGGGGUAUUUAUAAAGGCUUCUAGCUUUGUUGCCAAGAGCAACACCACUUUGGAGAAGAUGUCACUUAACUCUUCUUUCUGAACAAUGGAGGAUGCUAACUGCAGAGAGUGGAAGAUAAAACAUUCAAGUAACAAAUUUGCUAAAAAAAAACACACAUACUGGUGCAGGAUUAAGCCAUGAGGGCUAAAGGUUAUGUUGAGUUCUUGAAGUAUUUUGGUUUUAUUAGGAAGUGAACAAUUAACCUAUUCAGUAUACGAAACUUUUUUGGUUAAAUUGGUAUCAGUGGGAGAUUCCAGCAUUGGCUCAUUGAAAAUAUAUAUCGUUGAAGACAAACCAGCAGUCCUGACUUGUUUGACUCCUAAUUUAAUGUUCCAGUUUAGAAGGUCAAGAAGAAAUUAACUUCAAUGGGCAGAAUUGGAUAAGUCAUAUGGUAGCUGGAACACUUUAUUUUUGCCUCCACUGACUGCAAAUUGCUAAAUAUUGGGCACUCCAUAAAACAGGCAGCCAAGUUAAUAAACACAAGAGAUUUUGUGGAUGCUGGAAAUCCAGAGCAACACACACACACACACAAAAUGCUGGAGGAACUCAGCAGGCCAGGCAGCAUCUAUGAAGAGGAGUAUACAGUUGACAUUUAUUCCUCUUCAUAGAAGCUACCCUGCCUGCUGAGUACGUGUCAGUCAUGAUGAGGAUUCUUUGCCAGAAAUGUGGAUUGUUUAUUCCUCUCUAUAGUUUCUGCCUUACCUGCUGAGCUCCUCCAGUAUUUUGUGUGUGGCACAGCCAAUUUAAUACUGCCCUUUUUUAUACCACCGCCUCGGAUUGAUUUUAAUCCCGCUCUUUCUUCAGGCCUGCAAUGCAGGAAUUCAACCUUAGCGUUUAGUGUUAGCUGUGCCACAUGGUGUCUAUCAUUUUACUCUGCUUCUGAAAUUAGAUUCCAUUGAAUUUGAGGGGAUGCAAUACGCCCUGCAGGUGCUCCUGUAUUCCACAUUUAGUGUUUGCAAUGGAGGAGGCAUUUUGGUGGUCUCUGGUGUCUGUCCUGUUGAUUUACCAUCUGUGACUGUACUGUGGUGGAAUAUACACGUACGUUGGAGGAAUUACAGGCACCAGUGGUCCCUACCAUCCUGUUCAAGAUCAUGAUUGCCAAAUGUAAGUUCUUUAAGAUAAUUAUGCAUGCAGAAUCCAUCUAGAUCUCGCAUAAAAUUACUGAUUUUAGAGAUGUGAACUGCAACCAAAGUAGAUCAAGUCCAUAGUUAGACAUAGAUCUUUAACAAGAACAUUUUUUUGGCUUUAAGUGCAGUAAGCAAGAGAGAGAAAAGGUGUUGUUCAAGUAACCCAAGCUUCCUUCAGGCUAUGUGUCUGCUAUUUUUAAUUGCAGCUUCAUUCCACAAUGGCAAGUUCACUGCUGUUAAAAGCAGCAGCUGGGCUCAUUGCCUUCUGUGCUCGCCAACGCAGGACUUUCCACCUGUUUGCUUUAAUGGACAGAAAAUCAUGCCGCAGCGAGCACAGAGGCAGAAGCCCUGCCUGGAAGGCUGCAUCACAGACGCAGCGCAACCUGAAACCAUGGAAAUCAGAGACAGGAGUAGAUACCACAGCCGCUGCACAGCAGGUUGGUUGCAGUCAGAAUGAGAGUGAAAAGUCUCCAUUUCAGGUCAGACAACAAGCUAGAAAUUGUACCUUGCAUAAAAAUACCUGCUAUCAUUACACAAAAGGAGGUCACAGUUUACACAGAGCCGGUGAGGGAGUGAUUAUUCUGUCAGCGUAAUUCACAGACUUUAUGUGUGUUGAGUCACAGACAGAACCAGGCCCUUCAGCCCAUUAUGACAGUGCUGCCCAUUGAGUUCCUAUCUAUAGUAAUCCAGUUUACCAGCCCCUGGCCUAUAGCUACUAUGCCAUGGCAGUUCAAAUACUCAUGCAGACGCUGCUUAAAUUUCCAGAGUACCUGCCUUCAUGAGCUUCCCAGCCAGUUCAUUGCAGACUUUAACUGCCUUCUGGAUGCAAAAGAAAAUUCUGCAGAUCCCUUCUAAACUUUUCACUGCUCUCGACGUACAUAUUUACCCUAGCCUUUGACUCCUCUUUUGCAUGAAUAGCAGCAUGUAAUUUCAGAAGUGGUUAGGGAAUCCCAGUCUAUCCCAUUCAGUAAGCGGGUGUGAUAGACUCAGACCACCUCGCUGGCGCUAUAUUGGCAUAAUUUCUCAGAUGCGGACUCACAAGGAGAGAAUGAGCUCUCCUGUAAAAAGUAGACCUCCCUUGCAGUGCUGCAAUUGGUGUCUGUCCUGUAGGAACAGCCAAGAAGGUGUUGCCCCAUUAAGGACUGCUGUCUUGUUGUACCCUUUUCAUUCUGGAAUAUAUCCAGGAUUAAUGUUGCAGCAACCACAUAAAAUGUGCAUCAUGUGAGGAUUAUAUCACAACUGCAUACCCGGUGCCAUACACGUAUGAGUACAUCAUGUGCAUAAGAUGCAAAUGAUUCAGUGUUGCAUUCUGCACUAUGCGAACUUUGAAUAUUUGGUCAUACUUAGAAAUUGAUUUUACAUCUUUAUUCAGUUGCAUGAUGUGCAAUUCCACUGAUUUUUAUGAACUAUUGUAUUUAAGAACCCGGUUCUAUGAAGUCUCCCAUUUCAUAUUCAAAACAAUUCUAGUUUUCCUUUUCAAAUUAUUACCAAAUCCUUGUGCAUUUUUAGCAGUUUGUCUUUCAGCCAGUACCAGACCAACUUUUAUCUGGUCCUUUGAUAGAAAGUUCCUUGCUCAAAUAACUCAGUAACUAAAAGCUUAAUAUGGCUAUGAUUUGUGACUUCCUUUGAAAUCUGUAGUGUGUAGUAUCUGUCGGUGGUUGUUAUUCACUGACUCAAAUAGUGCAGACUGAAAAAUUGCUUUCACAGAGAAAAGUUUGUCAAAUAGAAGCCUAGGAACUUUCUUAAUUAGGUAAAAAGCAGAUCUACUGCACAAGAAAUCUUGUAAAUCCUCAUCUCAUUAUCACUUACAUUAAAAGAAGGAAGUUGUGAACUUUUUGGAAAUGAUUCAUUCAGUGAAGUGAAUUUGACCAUCACUGCCCAUGUGGGUAAUUAUUCACUCUAAUAAAAUGGAAAAAAGUCCACUCAGGUGAAUUAUUAUGUAAUGGGUGCCAGAUGCAUCCAGCGUUCCAGAAUUAAUUCAAUCAUCACUUCACUCCAGUAAAGCAAUGAACACAGACAGAUUCAUUUCAGCAGCAAAGAUGCAUUUGAAUAAAGGUUCUUGAAACUACACCUGUGAUGCUCAUAAAUUAAGGGUUGCUUGAUAGAAAGAUCUUCCAUAUCAACGAUUCUGUUUGCCCCAUCCUCCUGAUUCUUCCAACUAACUUCUGAUCCGUCCAUGUUUUUCUUAAAACAGCCACAAGUCCCCCCCCCACCAAAUAAAAACUGUAAACGUUGUAUUUUCAUUCUUCCUCCCACAGUAAGGUUUCUUGAGAUGAGGGGCUGCAGAGAAUCUUAGAGACUGACACAUCAGCCACAAUUUGGCUGCCUGUAGAAUGCAGGUUACAAAGGUAUGACCUAUGGAUGCCUGUACAUAUGGGUUGUUCCCCAUAACAUUAAAAAUAUUGAAUUCAAAUGUUUGAUAUACCUUCAAAUAUUUGUUCCUAUGAACAGAACUAGCUUCCCCCCUCUCUCUUUUUCUAUAUAUUUAUUAAUUGUUCUUUCCUAUCUUACGUAUUUUUGAUGCCAUUUAUUACCAAUAUCUUGGAGUGAUCGUAUGGUGAUCAUUCCAAGUGAUCAAGGAACUUUUAUUUUUCUCUGACACAUGGACAAAAUUGGUUUAUGGAUGACUUGAAAACAAACCUAUUCAUUACCUGGUGAUGGCCUUGAUAUCAUGUACCAUUCAUUCAGCAUUAGGGACAGGACUACAAGAACUUUGAAAUAUAACAAGAUUUUAGAACUGUGAUUGUUCUACAUGGAGCUUAUUACUCACUUGCAUUGGUCUAAUAUUUACUCUCACUCUUGAUGUCAUUAACCCCCUGACUGUUUCAAAUGAAAUCCUUAUUGGGGUUGUCCUUUUUUUUUGUAAAAAGACCAAAGAGAUGUUAAUUAAAUAUAGGGUUGAUUGAAGCAAAGGAUCCAAAAAGAGAUUUCACAGCUUUAAGAAUCAAAGCUCCCUUUGGAUAGAACUUAGCACCACAGAAAAUGAUAGUCUGAACAGAAAGACAAUUUUUUCUAUAAAAUAAAAAUAAACAAUUCAACAUUGCUAUUGCUCAUGGAAGAAACAACACUAAGUCAAGGACAAUCAAGUGUGAGGAAGUGAGUUCUCUUUGAGUAACUUUUCAUCCUAUAUAACUUCUAUUUUAUUGUUGAACAAGUCUUCAUGUUUACAUGAGGUUAGUCUUUUUAUCAAUUCUCAGUGGAACUGGAUUCGGGAAUUGGAAAGAAAAUUCAUGCUGAGUGUUAGAGCAGGAGUGUAUAUGGUAGAAAUUGGGGGGGGGGCAAUUAACCUUGUGAUGUUCUCAAGUGAGCCCUUGGAAUGAUCUUCAAUUGGCUUCACAUAUGCAAAUCUGUGCCCAUCGUAUCAGCUAGGAACCAACUGGCAAUAAAAGAACUUGGGAUAUUGAACUGAAAUCAAAAUCUAUUGUAAAACAGGAAAUAACAGUGAUAAUGUUGAACUUGAAAGAUUAGCUGUGCAGGGUAUCACAUUGUUAAUAGGUGACUGCUGCUGAGAACCCUUUGGCUGCAUUGUACAGAUACAGGUUGUUGUCUCCCCCCCAUGCCCCCCAGGACAGGAGAUUGCCCCACUACAGCUUGAAUGCAUUCUGCAGUGUGUCACAAUGCUUUUCUAGAUAGCUCAAACAACUAUUUGUUAGCAAUGAAUAAACUUUGGAAAGUUUUAGCAGUAGUAUUUAUUCUGAAUGUCAAUGACGACACCAUUGUGGCUUUUAAAUAGAAGAAGCAAAGCCAUCGUAACAAGGGGAGUGAAGUUGGGAGAAUGCUUGAACACUGUUUAACAUUGUGCCAUGUGGUUUCCCUACCCACCAUUCUUCACAUGUACUUUACCAUUUCCAAGAAUGAAUGAAUGAAACUAAGGGUUUCAUUAUGACUCUUGUCAAUUAGCACUCUGUUCUAUCUUCACAGUUGUUUUGUUUUAAAUCCCAUGUGGUAAUCAUAAAAGGGAUACUGUCUCCAUCAAAAUGAUCACAACCACAGUUUACAAACGGUGUUAUAAAGUUUGAGUCCAUUGUUUGUUCUUGCAGGUUAUCAAUGUAAUAUUUCAUUACUGUUGCUUUGAGACACUAAUAUGUUGUAAAAGUUUUUUAUAUCACAGUUGCAAAUCCGUUCUUGGGGAGUUUUUUCUUUUAUAUUUUCUAAAUGCUUUUGUGUGAGCAUCCUGCAGAGGCUCACAGGGAUACCAUCAUUUUAAACAGUGCCAUGUUACAGAAAAUCACUUGGUUUCUUUUUGUUUCAUGUAACAUGGCUGCCCUCCAGAAGGAUUAUUUGAGUUUGCCUGUUUAUAUAUCAAAAAUGUAUUUAAGAUAAAUUGCAGCUUGUGUUUUUUUGGUAUGUGAGACUAACCUUUGGCAUCUGAACUUUCACUUAGUGACCAUUUUGCAUAUAGACUGGUGCAGUGUGACAUCACAAUCACAUAUCCCGUAUUUUCAAUAGGUCAAGCUCAUCAAUCAACUGGGUGGUUUAGUGAAAGAUGGGAUACUCUGGUUCCAUAGCAACAGCUGAAAGAUAAAGAGAACCGAAUUCCCAUGGUGCUUGGGGCUCUUUCAGAUAUAAAGAAUGAAGACCUUUCACAUGAGAACAAAUAACAGGUUUUUCUUCUUUUUUUUCUUAACUUAAACUGUAUAUUAUUCCUGGGCAAAAUUAUUAUUGACCUUUUGUCUGGAAAGGUCAAAGCUCAACUCAAGAAGUAGCUUUGUUAGGAAUUUCUGGCUUGCAAGUCAGAUAUUUGUGCAUUUAUAAGACGUUUGGUAGAUUCAUCACAGGUGACUGGAGUAAAAUGUAUCAGUUGCAUAAUCUUUCAGGAUGCAACUUUUGAACAAAUAUGUUGUAAUGUUAAAAAAAAGGUGGAUUUUAGUGUCCAUUAUUAUCUGAGCUGAUCCACACUGGCUCUGUUACUUGAUGCAAGAAUCCCUUGUGCAUCACAGAAUUUCCUGUCAUAUUCUGUACUUUAAGUCGGAGGGAGAAAUUUUUAAAAAGGCAGUGCUAACUUUGGGGACCCAGCCCUUUGCCAGAGGGAUUGAGUUAGGGUGGCCUUUGCAUUUGAGAUUUUACAAAUAGAAUGCACAGUAGAGAAAAGAUGGGUGCACCUAAACCCCAACCCCCCCCCACCUCUCCUCCCCACCCUAUCCAACCCCAUCGGAGGUCUAGCUGCGUUCCAUCUGGUACCUGAUGUGAUGUCACCAUUGGACCAAUCUGCUAGGCGUCCUGUUACCUAUUUGUUCAGUCCAGUGACAAGAGUGCAAUACUUCCUCACUGUUGGCUGGGUUGUUUUUGCUUGUAGAGAGAGAGCUUCUGGGGACUGGAUUUGUGAUGCAUCAUGGGAAAAUAAAUGGGCAAGAAAUGGCGCAGGCCCGUCUGAGACUUGCUCAAUAGCGUUUUAAUCCUACAAGGAGAAGUUUUAAAAAAAUUAUACAAUAAAAAACUACAAUAUUACAGAGUUAUUUACUAGAUAUUAAAAUAUUUUGAAACUGAAAACCCAGGAGAGCUUUUUUUUAAGCUUGUUGAUUUUUGUUUUUUAUUUUGUUUUCAGUUUUUUUGUUGAAUGGAAGGAACUGUUAUUCUAAUAAAAGUGUUUAAAUGUAGUAAAAACCCUAUUGUAAAUGUGUAAAGUAUGACUAUGGUCUCAGUUUUUGUGUAAACACUAAAAAAUAAGUUUUAUGGACACAAUCUCUAUGUAAAAGCAUUUUAGUAUUAAGAUUUUUAUAGAUAACUUGGCUUCUGAAUAAA